AAGAUGUGUUUUGAAAAUGUUGGAGGCUUCUCAGACUUCAGUAUACGAUACACUGCCAGAAAAAAUUCACAGGACAAACUUUGUAUAGAAUUAAAACCAUCACUUUCCAUAUAAUACUUUAAACAUCUAUUUAUGUUAUAAAUAUUUUGGCCUUACAUUGAAAAUAUUUAGUACUAUUUAUCACCUUUAUGAUAAAAGAUUUCAGAAAAAGAACUAAACUGCACUGUCCUUAAAUUUGCAAGAUAGAACUUUGAACAGGCACAAAACAUUAUCUCUUCUUUUAAAAUACUGCUUUACUAAUUAACAUUGGAAACAUGGCAUUUUUCAAAACUUUUCAGCAAAAUUUUAAACAAAAUCUGAACCUUCCUUCUGUGUCUUCUCUGGUUGACACAUUAAAUAAUGCUGUUGAUGAUAUAACUAGUGCUGUUGGUGAUGUCAGCUAUACAGUAGCUGAUUCAGUUACAGAACAGGUAACAAGCAUGAUCAAUAGCUUUCGAAAAGAUGAUACUUCUAUGGCACAAGAUGAUAAAUAUACAAUAGGUACAGAAGAAAUUAGCACUCAGUUAAGUCAUGAGAAAGAAAAACGUAUGAGCAAAACAGAGAUUAAUGCAGAACUAAAACACAGACAAAUUGAUUCUUUAAAACAAAGUACAAAUGGUGGCAGAGAAUUCCAUCAUAACAAAGCCAAACUGCAACAUAAUCUAAACGCUGUUGAACCUAAUGCGCUUCUUAGUGAUGGAAAGGUCUUCAAGGAAUUGAAUAAUUCAAUAAAACACACAAAAAAUGAUGACUUGGAAAAUACUACCUUUUUAGAAAAGACUAGUACACGUAGACAAGAAGAAUCCCUUUGUAAGGACCAAAGUAAAGAGUCACAUGCAGUGCUCAAGCUAUCUAAGGAGCAGUUCCACAAAAAUGUCAAAGAAAUAUCAGCAGGAACUGACUUCAGGAACUCUAAUGAAGGGCAUGGUGUUGUAUCCAGGAAUUUGGAAACAAGUGAAGAACAAACACCAAAAUUGUCAGAGUCAAAGUCUAAAAAAGUACAUGGUGCUCCUGGAAUAAAAGAAAGAUGCAAAACACUUUCCAAUGGCCACAGACAAUCUGUGACAAAGCAGAAGGAAAAUGUUCCAACUACUGUUUCAAAAAGAAGUACAAGGGAAGAGACUAAAGAAUCAGACCAUUUUUCAAAAGAAGUGGGUAGUGAGAAGACACCAGAAAAAGAUAACUCAUAUAUAAAUAAGGAUCAUCAUGGUUCAUCAUCUGAAAGUGAAGAUGAAGCACUGGGUAAAUACCAUGAAGCCUUGUCCAGAACGCAAAGUUCAAGACCACCAGCAGGUGAUAACAGACAACAGAAAAACUAUAUUUGGGAAACCAGACAAAAAUAUAGCCCUCUUUCUGCAGAAUAUGAUGGGUACAGUAGUGAAGCAUCAAUAGAUGAAGCCAACUGCAUUCAGAGAAUGAGACAAACGCCUCCUCUUGAUGAAUUACAGCCACCACCAUACCAAGAUGACAGUGGCUCUCCACACCUCUCGUGUACACCUUCUGAAGCUGGUGACAGCAAAUGUGAAUUCUCUCAGUGUAGUAACAGCCCAAGAUGUUCGUAUAAGUGCCCAAGUGAAGGAAGUACUGGGCACGAAAUAGAAAUUUUUCAUAACAAAGCAUAUGAAGAAGAUGUACCGAGUGACAGUACUGCAGUCCUUAGUCCAGAGGAUCUGUCAGCUCAAGGAUCAUCAUCACAGCUCCCUAAAUCUUUUGAUCCUGAACCAGAAGCUAAAUAUGGCACCCUGGAUGUGACUUUUGACUAUGACUCGCAGGAACAGAGGCUUCUGAUAACUGUCACAGCUGUCACAGACAUUCCAAAUUAUAAUAGGACAAGUGGAAGUUUAUGGCAAGUACACCUGGUUCUUCUUCCUCUCAAGAAACAGAGAGCAAAAACCUGCAUCCAGCGGGGCCCAUGCCCUGUAUUUACAGAGACAUUUAAAUUUAAUCAUAUUGAGUCUGAAAUGAUUGGGAAUUAUGCAGUACGCUUUAGACUGUACAGUAUACGACGUGUAAAAAGAGAGAGGAUUCUGGGAGAAAAAGUCUUUUACUUAACCAAACUAAAUCUUCAAGGGAAGAUGUCAGUGCCAGUGACACUGGAACCAGCAUACAAUAUUUCUGGAUGUGACUCCCAAAUGAGCAUGUCAGAAAUGUCCUGCAGUGAAAGUACCUCCUCUUGUCAGUCUCUGGCACAUGGCUCAGCUCCAGAAAUCCUCGUUGGACUGCUUUAUAAUGCCACAACUGGAAGACUAGCAGCAGAAGUGAUAAAAGGCAGCCACUUCAAAAACCUGGCAGCAAACAGACCACCCAAUACAUUUGUUAAGCUGACAUUGCUGAAUUCUAUGGGUCAAGAGAUGUCCAAGUGCAAGACAUCCAUUCGAAGAGGGCAGCCAAAUCCAGUCUACAAAGAGACCUUUAUUUUUCAAGUGGCCCUAUUUCAGCUUUCUGAUGUUACACUCAUCUUAUCUGUGUAUAAUAAACGUAGCAUGAAGCGAAAGGAAAUGAUAGGCUGGAUUGCUUUAGGUUUGAAUAGUUCUGGCGAAGAAGAACUCAACCAUUGGACUUCCAUGAAGGAAUCAAAAGGACAACAAGUAUGUAGAUGGCACUCAUUAUUAGAGUCUUAACAGGUAAUUGUGGCUUCAUAACUUAUCAGGAUCCAAGAAGGCUGCCAGUUAGAUACAACUAUGAGAAGGUUUGCCGAAAUUAAAAAUCAACAUUCCACUUUAACAAAUGCACAAAAUGCCGUGGAGCAGAAUUAACUGUCAUACCUUGACUGAAUGCUGAUUUCAGGUAAAAUGGAGCAGGUGCAAGAGGGAAGCCACCCCAGGUCUUUAACAGAACACUUUUAGGCUUAUUCCCUUCCCACCCCAUAUUUACAUUUUCAUUUAACUUACAGAAAUGUUGUGCAAAUCCUCUAUGAUUGCAACUUCUUCUGAUUUUGUUGUCCUUGUGUUUUGUUUU